AUGGACGAAAGAUACACUGACAGUCCUACUAAGGCGUCAUCGUACGCUCAUUGGACAAAUAAUGCUCAGUAUGAGGUCUUCAAUACAAAACCUUCCCAAGAGUCUAACUUGAGCGGAAUCCUACAUAAUAUUGGAAAUAAAAAUGUUAAUAGCAAUAAACCUGAAGCAGAAAAGGAUAAGGAACCAAGAAAAACUGUUGAUGACGGUGUUAUAGCAUCAGAAAGUGAUGGAAUAAUUAAAAGUGACGAUAGAGAUGAAGUUAGAAAAAACGUAUGGAGUGAUGUCGAUGACGAACUUUACAUAGCCAAUAUAAUAAAACUUAGGACUUCUAAUGAAGUGGAACGCGUCAAACGUGAUACUAGCUAUUCUGUCGUUAGUGAUUACAGCGAGAAGGUUGUGAAUAGUUUUAAGUUAGAUAAGUACGAGAUGUGGGAACUGGAAGAUCUUACGGAGUGUGAUUGUCUUGGACCACCUCCGGAAUUUUUGGUGCCACCGCCGCCUCGGCCGCCGUUUUUACAAGCAGAUUAUUAUUGUGGUGACGAUCCUAUACCAGAUUUGGAAACCUGCGAUACGGAACCAAAGAUAGACGCCUACAACCACAGCGGUCCUUCAUUUCAGACGUCAGCGGUGAUCGCGCUCUGCUCCAUAGUUCUCGUCGUGGGAGUGCUCAUAGGCGCCAUACUUGUUUGGAAACAUAAACGAAAAGUGACUAACCUUCUGCCAUCAAAGUCCUCUCAUAGCCAAACCACAGGAUCACAAAGACGAGCUCCGCCUCCCGCUCCUUUGUACGAGGACUUACAAGACCUGCCUAGGCGUCCGCCACUACCUCAUAGACCAGAAAUGGAACCCCAACUAGAGAUGGUGGAAUCAAAAAGACCGAAUUGCCAACGGGUCUUUGUUUGCGGAACAGGGGGUUCUUGGAGAGGUGGUAAUUCCUGUGGUGGAGAUUCCUGUGGCGCUCCUUUGUAUGAAGAAUUGCCUCAUCGGUCUGAUGACUCCAUUCAUAGUGACGACCACUUCGCUGAAGACGAACUCAGUCUCGUUGGCGAAGCGGUACCUUGUCGAACAUGUUCUAGACCACCUGCUCCACAAUCCUUGCCACAUCGACAAAGACAGCAACGAUUGGAUAGACGGCCCAAAUCAUUAGAAAGGCGAAGAGGUCAACACAGAAUUCCUCGGCAUAUACAUCCACCUGAUCCUUCGGAAUUCCACGAAGGGGUGUUGUUGGAUGCGCUGCUAAGAUUGUACCCACAGGUUGGUACAGUUGGAGCGAGACCUUCCGGACCAAUCCCAAUAAGCGGAGGAGGAGCUUGGCCUGGUGGUGAACUACCCGGGGUUAACUGCUGGAGAGCUCCGAGGGCUUCUCCGAAACCACCAAGUGGAGAUUCUUCAUUUGGUUCCGAUUCUGGAUACAGUAAUAAUACUUGCGGAACAUGUGGCACUAGAGCGUCGUCGAGACAUCGAUUGUCAGCUGAAAUACCUAUGUCAUGA